AUGAGCUCCUCCUACAAAGACAUCAAGGGCGAAAUAGUGCUCUUUGCUGAGAUCUACGGCAAGCCCGAAAAGAUGACUGAACUGAUAGAAUGGGCGGACAAGUUGAAAUCAGCCGUGGAUGCGAACGAGCCAGGAACACUUGAGUAUUCUUGGGCUAGGUUCGAGGACAGGCUUUUUGUGUGGGAAAGAUAUGUUGAUGCAGAGGCUUUGGACAAGCACAACCAGUCCGAUACUUUCAAGGCUUUCAUCGCCGUAUCAGGAGACUUCCUCGUUAAGCCACCUGUAAUUACUUACUACAAGAACCUUCACUCGAAGGAUUAA